AUUUAUCAUAUAUCAUAUCUAAAUAAAAGUGAUCGACGAGCAAUGCUUGUGGUGCAAUCAUUAAAUUUGCAUUCCAGGUAUGCCGUGCUUUAGCUGCAAUUGCUGCCAACCAAAAAAAACUUUUUAACGUAAGAAAAUUAAGGCUAUAUUUUGGUCAUUUAUAUUUAUUAAAAAUAUGUUGCGAUCUAAACGAGCCAAUGCGGGCAACCGCAUGUCGAAACUUCUCGACGAAGAAGAAGAAUGCCAGGACGAGUUUUACAAGCAAAACUACGGUGGUUUCGUCGAAACGGAGUCGGAUAACGAAUACGAAGCGGAAGAGGAAGGCGAGGAUAUCGUUGACUCGGACUUUAGUAUAGACGAAAACGAUGAAGCUGUCUCAGACAACGAUGAAGAAAGCGGGCCUAAAAAGAAGAGAAGGCUCGUCACCAAAGCAUACAAAGAGCCAUUAUCGACCCCUAAGGAGAAGUCCAAACCUAAGCCACCACGGCAGUCUCUGGAUGUCCUGGAUCAAUCAGAAAGGAAGUCAAAGAGGCAAUCUACUGCUGCAAAAACCGCGGCAACUGAGCACAGAGUAAAAGUGCGCGAUCAAGAACAACGCAAAAAAGUGAAACGACCCAGGGAGGACACCUGGGUUCCAACUCAGGAGGAGCUCCUUGAAGAGGCUAAAAUAACAGAGAUGGAAAACAUAGAGUCCUUGGAAAGGUACCAGAAAUUGGAACUGGAGAAGAAAACUAAGCGGGUCGCGAAAAAAACAUUCACAGGCCCAGUUAUACAAUACCGGUCUACACGGAUGCCUAUCAUUGAAAAAUCAGGAGAGGUAAAAAGUGAGUCAAUAUAUUGUGAGCGUACAUUUAUUACGAUAACCGACGAUCCACACGAUGUCACCUAUAAAAAGAUUUUUAAUCUCAAGCCUCCCCCUGUUAAACCUAAAAGGCUGAAAUGUGCAGUCACUGGAUUGCCCGCUUUGUAUGUCGAUCCAGUGACAUGGGUGCCUUACCGGAAUAGCACCUGCUUAAAAGUCAUUCGCCACUCAUACUAUCAAGAGUUGGAGAAGAAUGGCGACAAGUCAAACCCCAUGGUGGCCGAAUUUGUUAAAUGGUACACAAAAAACAGAGAUCGAUUGCGCAAAGAAAUGAUUUUGCAUGCUCAAAAAAUCAACAUAACCUCUUAAAUGUGUAGAAAAUUAUAAUCAAUAAACAUAGAUUUUUCAGUU